AUGAAAAUAGAUGAACGCCACGAGUUCGUCUCAAAACCAACAGYUUGCAAGGCUUUACCCUGGAUCGAGAGCGCAGAAAUUACGAUGACGGCUCUCAGACUGCAUCACGACAUGAACUGGAAACGAAAGCUGAAGCAAUCUAGUCCACCGAGUCUACCGAGUCCACAAUCAAGAUAUUGGGUCCUCGAGCUUGGACUCGCUAUGACGGUCUUUAUGACCUUGCUAGGCCAUGAGCGAUGGGCAAGUGGAGGGUGGCUUUGCACACCGUGCAUGGUUGAACGAGCGAGGCCCGAUGAAAUUGAAGAUUGCCACCCUGCAUGCAGCAUUUAA